AUGGCUUCCUCUCCUUCCAGAUCAAAAACCCGUCACCACGCUCGUUCUAUUAGCUUGCCUUCAAGAUCUCAUCCGCUCAUUCUUCAAGUUAAUGAGCACUUGUGUAGAUUAAGGUCUUGUGAAGCUACCUGUUUGUCAUCGUCCUCAAUGAGCAGCGGACUACGUGGCCUUGAAGAUUGGUAUGAUUCCAUCGACGAUUUGCUUCAAUCACCACAAUCUCAACAAACUUUUGGCCAAGAACGUGAUGAGAAGUGGGUUGAGGAGGUGUUGGAUGGAUAUCUCAGUCUCUUGGACGUGUGCGCCACCACCAAAGAUGUGUUGGCACACACAAAGCAAGAUGCACAAGAACUUCUUUCAAUCCUGCGCAGAAGACGCAGUGAAAAUGACUUUGGUUGCUACUUAACCUCUAGGAAGCAGGCAAAGAAGGUGAUCCAGAAGUCUUUAAAGGGUUUAAAGAGUAUUAGAAAUAAGAAUACUCUCUGGGCCUUGGACAAAGACCCUGAAACCGUUGCAAUUGUUAGCAUGUUGAACGAGGUUGAAGAAGUCAGUCUUAGUGUGUUUGAAUCUUUAUUGUCCUAUAUUGCUGGGACAAAGGGGCAAUCAAGGCAGAGUGUCUGGUCUUUGAUUUCUAAACUGAAGCAACCUAAAAGUAGAGCAAGUAAAGAAGAAGAAACACUUACAAACGAAUUUGAUGAGGUGGAGGCUGCAUUGAAGUCACUCACAGGUGACAGCAUGAACGCUGAGAAUUUGCAAAAUCAUUUGGUGAAGUUGGAGUCAGUCGUAGAAGAUCUUGAAGAAGGUCUAGAGUGCUUGUUCAGGCGUUUAAUCAAAACAAGAGUUUCUCUCCUAAAUAUUCUCAGCCACUAG